CCGCUCUAUCCGUGCCCCGGCGCCAGCCACCGCUUUGAAGGGUCUCCCUGCCCGGCCCUUUAGCGGCUCCGCCACGGACUCCGGGAGGCUUCCGGCGGCGUCCUGGGGCUCCCCACCCGAUCCGAUCGGACUUAAGAAGGUGAUCGCUCUGCUCUCCCUCCCUCUUCCCGCCUCCUUUCCCCCACUUAACUUUUUGUCUCCACUCGUCCGCAGCUCCGUCCCCUCUCCGCAAACCCACCCGCGGCUGUGCCAAGCCCCCGGGGCAUGGGCCCCCCAACACGGCUCCUGGAGGCCCCGCGGCGCCGCAAGAUGUGAGAGGCCCGCGUGGGGCAGAGCCAGAGCUUCGGGAGAGGAGCAGAGAGCCCCCAGCCUCCACACGCCAGGCGAGGUGGCGGUGCGCGCUGCGCCCCCGCCGUGCUGAGCGUCCCGGAGCGUCCAACCCAGGGCCGGAACGAGUAGCUGGCCGGAGGCGCGCCGCGGAGAGCAGGCUGUCAUGCCCUAUUGAUCCCCCCGCCCCCCGCCAAGUAUGUUUGGGCUGGACCAAUUCGAGCCCCAGAUCAACAGCAGGAACGCUGGCCAGGGCGAGAGGAACUUUAACGAGGCCGGACUAAGCAUGAACGCCCACUUUAAGGCCCCGGCUUUCCACGCCGGGGGACCCCCUGGUCCGGUGGACCCUGCCAUGAGCGCGCUGGGCGAGCCCCCGAUCUUGGGCAUGAACAUGGAGCCUUACGGCUUCCACGCGCGCGGCCACUCGGAGUUGCACGCGGGGGGGCUGCAGGCGCAGCCAGUACACGGAUUCUUUGGAGGCCAGCAGCCGCACCACGGCCACCCAGGAGGCCAUCACCCCCACCAGCAUCACUCCCACUUCGGGGGCAACUUCGGCGGCCCGGACCCAGGGGCCUCGUGCCUGCACGGGGGUCGCUUGCUCGGCUACGGCGGCGCCGGCGGCGGCCUGGGCAGCCAGCCGCCCUUCGCAGAGGGUUACGAUCACAUGGCAGAGAGCCAGGGGCCUGAGAGCUUCGGCCCGCAGCGACCCGGGAACCUUCCGGACUUCCACAGUUCGGGCGCCUCGGGCCACGCCGUGCCUGCCCCAUGCUUGCCGCUGGACCAGAGCCCUAACCGAGCCGCCUCCUUCCACGGCCUACCCGCCUCCAGCGGCUCCGAUUCCCACAGUCUGGAGCCCCGGAGGGUGGCGAACCAAGGAGCCGUCGACUCGCUGGAAUACAAUUACCCGGGCGACGCGCCCUCAGGACAUUUCGACAUGUUUUCGCCCUCCGAUUCCGAGGGGCAGCUGCCUCAUUAUGCGGCUGGUCGCCAGGUUCCCGGGGGCUCUUUCCCCGGUGCCUCGUCCAUGCCCAGAGCUGCAGGCAUGGUGGGCUUGUCCAAAAUGCACGCCCAGCAACAGCAGCAGCAGCAGCAGCAGCAGCAGCAGCAGCAGCACGGCGUGUUCUUCGAGAGGUUCGGCGGGGCCCGCAAGAUGCCCGUGGGUCUGGAGCCUGGAGUGGGCUCCAGGCACCCGUUAAUGCAGCCUCCUCAGCAGGCCCCGCCGCCCCCUCAGCAGCAGCCCCCGCAGCAGCCCCCGCAGCCGCAGGCGCAGCCGCCGCCGCCUGGGCUUCUGGUCCGACAAAAUUCGUGCCCGCCUGCGCUCCCGCGGCCCCAGCAGGGCGAGGCGGGCACGCCCAGCGGCGGCCUGCAGGACGGGGGCCCCAUGCUGCCCAGCCAACACGCGCAGUUCGAGUACCCCAUCCACCGGCUGGAGAACCGGAGCAUGCACCCUUAUUCCGAGCCUGUGUUUAACAUGCAGCACCCCCCUCCGCAGCAGGCGCCCAACCAGCGCCUGCAGCAUUUCGACGCACCCCCCUACAUGAAUGUGGCCAAGAGGCCGCGCUUUGACUUCCCGGGCAGCGCGGGCGUGGACCGCUGCGCUUCGUGGAACGGCAGCAUGCACAACGGCGCUCUGGACAACCACCUCUCGCCCUCCGCCUAUUCGGGCCUGCCCGGCGAGUUCACGCCGCCUGUGCCCGACAGCUUCCCCUCGGGGCCACCCCUGCAGCAUCCGGCCCCGGACCACCAGUCCCUGCAGCAGCAGCAGCAGCAGCAACAGCAGCAGCAGCAGCAGCAGCAGCGCCAAAACGCGGCCCUCAUGAUUAAGCAGAUGGCGUCGCGGAAUCAGCAGCAGCGGCUGCGCCAGCCCAGUCUGGCUCAGCUAGGCCACCCCGGGGACGUGGGCCAGGGCAGUUUGGUGCACGGCGGCCCGGUGGGCGGCUUGGCCCAGCCGAACUUUGAGCGUGAAAGCGGCGGCGCGGGCGCGGGGCGACUGGGCACCUUCGAGCAGCAGGCGCCGCACUUGGCGCAGGAGAGCGCGUGGUUCCCAGGGCCGCAUCCACCGCCAGGUGACCUGCUGCCCCGCAGGAUGGGCGGCUCGGGCCUGCCCGCUGACUGCGGCCCUCACGACCCCGGGCUGGCACCGCCCCCUCCGCCGGGCGGCUCAGGGGUGCUCUUCCGGGGCCCUCUGCAGGAGCCGCUGAGGAUGCCCGGAGAGGGCCACGUGCCCGCGCUGCCCUCCCCUGGCCUGCAGUUCGGGGGCAGCCUGGCCAGCCUGGGCCAACUGCAGUCGCCCGGGGCUGGGGUGGGGCUGCCCAGCGCUCCCUCCGAGCGCCGGCCCCCGCCGCCGGAUUUCACCGCGCCCGCGCUCGCGGGCCAGCCUGGUUUCCCGUUCGGCGCGGCAAAUCGGCAGGCCACGCCGCACAGCGGCCCAGGCGUGAACUCGCCCCCGAGCACGGGUGGGGGCGGCGGCAGCACGGGCGGCGGCGGCGGCGGCGGGGGCGCCUACCCGCCGCAGCCUGAUUUCCAACCGAGCCAGCGGGCCUCGGCCAGUAAGCUGGGCGCGCUCUCACUGGGCUCCUUCAACAAGCCCAGCUCCAAGGACAACCUGUUCGGCCAGAGCUGCCUGGCUGCGCUCUCCACCGCCUGCCAGAACAUGAUUGCCAGCCUCGGGGCCCCCAACCUCAACGUGACCUUCAACAAGAAGAACCCGCCCGAGGGCAAGAGGAAAUUGAGCCAGAACGAGACCGAAGGCGCGACUGUGGCCGGCAACCCGGGCUCGGAUUACUUCCCCGGAGGGACUGCUCCUGGGGCUCCAGGGCCCGGAGGCCCGUCGGGGACCAGCAGCAGCUCCAAAGCCUCGGGGCCGCCCAACCCGCCCGCCCAGGGGGACGGCACCAGCCUCUCCCCAAACUACACCCUGGAAUCAACGACGGGGAACGACGGCAAGCCGGUCCCCGGGGGCGGCGGCCGGGGACGGGGUCGCAGAAAAAGGGACAGUGGUCACGUGAGCCCCGGGACCUUCUUCGACAAGUACUCGGCAGCGCCGGACAGCGGGGGCGCGCCUGGGGUGAGCCCAGGGCAGCAGCAGGCGCCAGGCGCAGCCGUCGGGGGAAGCUCCGCCGGCGAUGCGCGCGGGGCGCCGACGCCUCAUGAGAAAGCGCUCACAUCGCCAUCGUGGGGGAAGGGGGCCGAGUUGCUCCUGGGGGACCAGCCGGACCUCAUGGCGUCCCUGGACGGCGGGGCCAAGUCGGACGGUAGCUCCCCGCACGUGGGCGAGUUCGCCUCGGACGAAGUCAGCACGAGCUACCCGAACGAGGACGAGGUGUCUUCCAGCUCCGACAACCCCCCGGCCCUGGCCAAAGCGAGUAGGAGCCCUCUGGUGACAGGCUCGCCCAAACUCCCUCCCCGUGGGGUGGUCGCCGGGGAACACGGACCGAAGGCACCCCCGCUUGGCCUGGGCAUCUUGUCUACCUCUACCUCGACCCCUGACAGCUAUGGCGGCGGCGGCGGCGCGGGCCAUCCGGGCACGCCGGGCCUGGAGCAGGUCCGGACCCCGACCAGCAGCAGCGGUGCACCGCCACCCGACGAGAUCCACCCCCUGGAGAUCCUCCAGGCACAGAUCCAGCUGCAGAGGCAGCAGUUCAGCAUCUCCGAGGACCAGCCCCUGGGGCUCAAGGGUGGCAAGAAGGGGGAGUGUGCCGUCGGGGCCUCUGGCGCGCAGAAUGGCGACAGCGAGCUGGGCAGCUGCUGCUCUGAGGCCGUCAAGAGCGCCAUGAGCACGAUCGACCUGGACUCGCUGAUGGCAGAGCACAGCGCCACCUGGUACAUGCCUGCUGACAAGGCCUUGGUGGACAGCUCGGACGACGACAAGACGCUGGCGCCCUGGGAGAAGGCCAAACCCCAGAACCCCAACAGCAAAGAAGCCCACGACCUCCCCGCAAACAAGGCCUCGGCAACCCAGUCUGGCAGCCAUUUGCAGUGCCUGUCUGUCCACUGCACGGACGACGUGGGCGACGCCAAGGCCCGAGCCUCCGUGCCCACCUGGCGCUCCCUGCACUCCGACAUUUCCAACAGAUUCGGGACUUUCGUGGCCGCCCUAACUUGAAUUGACAAGAAAUGCCCCUCCCCCACCAGGCCCUUCCCUCCCCCCUCUCUCCCCCCCUCCUCCGACCCCCACCCCCCUGUUAAUUUGCAAGGGCCACUAUUGCUGAGUGGAUGAUUUUUUUCCUAGGUUGGUACCUGCUUAGUGGCAUAUGGACCGGAAAGGGUUAAUUUAAAGGG